AUGCACGCGGGAUACCUAGCGCUCUGCGCUCUGCUGCUGGCCGCGGAGCAGGGCGCGCGUCUCUGCACAGUGGUUUAUUACUUUCACACCGAGCAGUAUCUAUGGGCAUGGCUCACUGUCUCUACACUCCUUCCUGGAUGCUUGAUUCAGGGCUUAAGCUACCUCUGGUUCCUAGCAGAUGGCCAUCAAGGCAGCUGUCAUCUGGUGAUUGUGCAUCUCCUGCAGCUUGGCAUAUGGAAACGGCACUGGGACACCUUCUUGAUAACUAUGACAAAGGAAGAGGAGUCUUCUGAUGUGAGGAAAGUGCUACUGCACCAAGGAGAUCUCUUUGUGCUUCGGCUGCUUGAAGCUCUGCUCCAAAUAGGGCCCCAUCUCAUGCUGCAAGCAUACGCUUUCAUAUCAGCUGAUUUACAAGAUCCUGUUCCAGGUGUGAGUGCAGUCCUGUCCUGGUUAUCUCUGUCCUUGUCUCUGGUCUCUUAUGCUCGCAUCAUGUGCCUGAUAAAGCCAGGACAUCUGUCCAUGCCAUGCACUGCCCUCCUGUGCCAGCUCCUGUGGAGGUUGGCUAUGCUGGGAACAAGGAUCAUAACACUGGUUCUGUUUUCCCAAGCCUACCACUGUUGGGUCUUGGUUGUUGGAGGUGCCCAUUGGUUAGUGAUGACCUUCUGGCUUGUUGCUCAACAGAGUGACAUCAUUGACAGUACGUGUUGUUGGAGGCUGUUCAAUCUGCUUGUGGGAGCUGUGUAUGUCUUCUGCUACAUCAAUUUCUGGGACAGCCCUUCCAGAAAUAGAAUGACCACAUUUUAUAUAAUAAUGCUGAUGGAAAAUAUAAUCCUUUUGCUAUUGGCCACAGAUUUCCUGCAGGGAGCAUCAUGGGGCACUGUGUGGAUGACAGCAGGCAUUAUGUCUGGAUUCAUUAUUGGCUGUGCCUCUCUGGUAAUUUAUUAUAGCCUGCUACACCCCAAAUCCACUGAAAUAUGGCAGGGUUUUAUAAGGAAGUUCUGUGGCUCUGUAGGCAGUGAUAAAACAGAAAAAGAAACUUCUUCCUUUCAGUGUACAAAACCAGUUGAGGAAAAGUCAGAAAGUCUAGGCUUGUACCCAGUGGAAGACUCCAAAGCUUCAUAUCAGGGGAAUUCCCUUAGCAUGGAUUGGGGAGCAUCUGCCGGGAGCCAGGCUGUAAGGGAGAAGGCCACUGCCAAAUGGCACCACCAUUGGCUGCUAGUGAAGCUGGCCUUAAAAACUGGAAAUGUGUCCAAGAUCAAUGCAGCUUUUGGCAAUGGUGGCCUAGACUGUUUUUGCCCACCCAUCUACAUAACAUCGAAAUGCUUUGGCCCCCAAAUGAAACUUUCAUUUUCAAAGAAAGAAUUCCCUUUACCUCAGAGACACUGUGGGCCACCAUGUCAGACUUCCUGGCAGAAAAAUUCUCAGGCCGAAGACAUCCCAGAAACUAAAGAGGACCCUUUGGAAACAUCAAGUUUUAUCACUCUCUCGAGUAAUCAGCACAUCCAUGCACCAACCCAUAAAACGUGGUCUGUGGCUGUACUAGAAGGAUCUUUUGUUUCUCCCAAGGAAAAGGGAUCCGCCAUUUUGCAAGAUGAUUUCUCAUUGAGUAAAUGUGGCCCUCAGGAAGAAGUUUGUAGAAAUCAAAGCACCGUGCCCCGGAGGCAGGGGAAGAGCCUCUCAGAAAGUCCCCCUGGACAAGUAGGAGGAGCAGGGAGAAGACAGGAGAACUCCACGUUCUACUUCAGUGCCACCAUGGAGGGGGCUACACCCUCUCACCACAAGGCGAGGACGGCUCUGCCAGUGACCUGCGGGAAAGUGGAAAUAGAAAAAGAUCAGCAAACCAAGUCUGACCCUAAUCACUUGGUACCAAAACCAUUUCCUGUAAGUGUCGCAAACAUCAGCCCAAUAUUAGGCAUGAGCACAGCCCAUCGCUUAGGGCAUAGCACGGGUCUUUAUAAUGGCAGUCAGUGUAGUCUACCAGGGGUGCCUUCUGCAGGCUCGAGGAGACCUCCGGAGCUCUGGACAGCUCCAGGGAACCGCUUCCUGUCUGUUGGGACUUGGGUGUCUAUGAUCAGGAGCAAACUGAGGCCUUCAGGGGAGCCCUACUGCACAUCAACCCCCAAAUCAGAACCCAGAAAAGACGGUGACAGUCUGAGGGAAAGGUUAAGGCAGGAACCGAACCUUUUUUCUGAUCAAAGGUUCGGAAACCCCUACUUCGUGUCCCUGGGAUGCUCAAAGAAACAGGAGAAGGCUUCCACUAUGUUGGAUGGGUCCUCUGGGAAAAAUUAUGGAAGGAUGUGGAAAAUGAAGCAAGAAAGUACUGAUGAGUUUUGA